GUCGUUUCUGUUUCAUUCAACUCCUUAAAUCCGUAUCACCUCCUCCCGUCCGUCUGCUGAGACAACUGUCACCAGCUGCAAACAACUCGCUCUGCGGUUUUCCAACGCCAGUCCCAGACUGUGGGCCUUGCGACUCGAUGAAGGCAUUAGCUGCAGCCGGUUUGGGGGGCGCGCUGCGUGUGUGCGCGCCGCUCGUGGCCCGGGCCCCAGUGAAAGACCAGCUCCCGCAGGCAGCCCAGAGGAUGCGCGUGCACACCACUGAAUGCGCGCUCGCGAAGAGAAAUCCCCUCAAGAAAUUUCUGGCCAAGACAAAGAAGAAGUUUUGGUAUGAAAGCCCUAUGCUGGGAUCACAACUGCUUUACAAGCCCUCCAGUUUGGAGAACAUGUUGAAACCUCAACACAAGAUGCAGAAGGAGGACACUCUUCGGAUGAGAGCUCUUAAUAAAGUUCUUUACAAAGCAGUCACAGAUCUGUUGAACAGCACUGAAGUCAGCCCAGAGGUUUUUGAGGAGAAAGUCGAGAUAUCCAAAGUUCGGUUGACUGUUGACUUUUCAGCAUGCCGUGUGUACUGGGUACCAAGCGGUUUGCUGGAAAAAGAUAAUCACAUUCAGCAAGUCUUAGAAAAACAUUCUCCUCGUGUAAGACACCUUCUCAUAACCCAGCAAGUUAUGGGUUGUCCUCCACCUGUGGUCUUUGUUAGAGACAGAGAACAAGCAGCAAUUGCUGAGGUUGAGAAUCUGUUGGACAUUGCUGAUUAUGGCUCUGAAAACACUGCUGAUGCAACGCAAGUCUUGGACACAAAACAUUUUGGGCAACUUGCUGCAGAUCCUGCUUUGAAGCCUAAUCAUCAAGGACCUAUUCCAGUCUCAUCCCACCUGCCACCAUCAGCUCCUGGACUUGACCUUUUUGGUAUUGACCAUGACUUAUUGAACAAACAAAUACUGGAAUAUAAAAAGAAAAAUACUCAAAAGUUACUGGAAACUGAUAAUUCAACCUUGUCAGAACAGCACCUGGAACAAAUAGCUCAGCUAAAAAAAUUAAAAGUAAAGAAGAAGAAAUUUAAUUCUAGUUUUGAUGAUAUCACACCAGAAAUGUACUUGUUAGAAAAAUACAAUGUGGACUCUGUGGACACAUUUUCAGAUAGGGAAGAGGAACUGAAAGAAUUAGAUGAAAUAAAAGAGCUUGAAUUCGAGGAAGAAGAUCGAGAAAAUCCGUCAUAAGUUCCGGAAGAUAUAAAAUAAAUGUAUUUUGUAACAGCCUUCAUUUCUCCAAUUUCUACAACUACUUAAAUUUUGAUUCUUCCGUGCUUAUGGUGUUAACCCUGUUGAAACUCCAUAGAUGAAGUUGCAUCCAUGUUAUUUUAUUUUGUUGCAGAAGAUCUGCUGAAUGUCAUUGUCUGCAGUCCAUCUACUUAAUCCCAAAUUUAAAAAGUCACAGCAUAAUUAACUUUGUUUUACCUUCAUCAACAGCUGUCAAGAGGGCACGGACAAUUGUGUUUUGAACAUGGUGACCUUUCACUUGAUUGUAGGCCUCCAAUUAGCCUUGAAGUUUUUUCCUUGGGUGUUCUUUCAUUUACUGCCAUCUGUUGGGAAAUGUGUACUGCAAAUGAUUUUCAAAGACAAAUAUACUUCUAGGGAAUUACAACAGUCCUUCAAAUUUGCAUUUGACUUGGAUAGAUUAUAUUUAACAGGUACAAGUCAUACUAUUAACAAUUUCCUGACAUGUACUGUCUUGCACAAGUGGUAUAUUUUCAAAAGGUGAACGACUUCAAUACAUGUGGCUUUUGACCAAAUGGAUUGUAUUUGACUAUAGAGCAUACACUUUGAGGCCCUCAGGUAUUGACUGAAAUGAGUGAGUAUUAGUGAAACCUAAAUGGUUAGCUAGAUAGACUAAAUAUUUUUCUUGCCCUUUCAAAGGGUAAUUCUACAUUUAAAAGUUUUUGAUAACUUGUUUGAAUUCAUUGUGUUUAGCUUCUGUAAUACUUUUCAAAAUAUAUUCACUCUGAUUUUGUUAUCCUUCUCAUUUCCCUUUCUGAACAUGAAUUUGUAACUGAUUUUUGCACUGCUGGAGGCUUAAACCUUAUUCAGUUUUAAUGGCUUGUAGAUUAAAAAAAAGAAAAAAAAUUGCAGAUGCUAGAAAUCUGAAAUAAAAACAAAAAGUGCUGGAAAUGCUCAGGUCAGAUUGGCAUCCAUGGAGCGAGCACCAGAGUUUGUAUUUCUAGAAGUGGCAGAGAUUACAACAUCUAUCAACAAAUGCAGAUGAUACUUGAAUUAUUGACAUAUUUGCAGCUUUUAUGUUCUGAUUGUAAGACUUGUAAAGUUUAUCAGUGCAGAUUCAAGUUCCUUUUAGUAACUUGAACUUGUAAUAUACAUAAAUGCUCCCAAACUGACAGCAGUCUUGGAACAUGCUUUAUUGACAUUGAUGUUCCUCUUCAGAUAAAAAACAAACUGGGAGAUUUUCCAUUAUCCUAACAAACAUCUGAUUAUUAUAAUGGGUUUAAAAUGUUGUUUAGUUGGUUCAGAAUGAGAACAGAUUGCGAAUGACAAUAAUUUUUGCAGUUGUAUCUUUUGCUUGGAGUUUAUUGAAUGAGCAAGUGCCAAGUGUCAAAACCCAGAUUUCAAGAACAGACAAAUUUCUUUUUGGUUGAUGAGAUAUACAGUAUAUUGGCUACCCUUGGUCUAGAUGCAGGGAUGCUUCAUGUGCAACACGAGUUCUGACUGGAACAGAUGCACUCAACUCCUUUAGCCUUUUUGAUUGCUAUGCUUGACAUAUUGGUGAGACUAUUAUUAAAGUGGUUGGUAGUAUACCAUCCAAUUAUUCUAUGCAUAUUUAAUGUAACAAUAUAUUUUCUGUACUUUGCCAUUUGCCUCAGAUGGAAACUAUCUAUAGGCAUAGAUUCAUGAAGUGAACACAGAAACAUAGAAAACCUACAGCACAAUACAGGCCCUUUGGCCCACAAAGCUGUGCCGAACAUGUCCUUACCUUAGAAAUUACCUAGGGUUACCAUAGCCCUCUCUUUUUCUAAGCUCCAUGUACCUAUCCAGGAGUCUCUUAAAAGACCCUGUUAAUACUUUAUAUUAAGGUUACUGCUCAGUACUUUCUUUUAGUCUUAUUAGAGUAUCCUGUUCCUAGUUUUGCUACGUCAAAAUAGUUGCUCAUCCUAUCAUCCUAACAAUGGCAAAAGUUCCGUACAUCUGGACAGGAUAAAGAUUUUUUGUUAAAACGUAGUAGUGGUGUGCAGUGGCCACUCCGUGUUAAAAGGAUGCAUCAUAAAUAUAUUCUACUCUUCAGUAUGAUUGUCAGAUUUGACCCCCAUUCUUGGAACUCAGAUACUUUGACACUGACAUCCCUUCUGAGUUAGACAAAACUCAGGCAAAUGAGGAAAAAUGUUAUCUUCACAAGAGAGAAGGUAUCAUUGAGAAAAGGCUAUUUGACAAUACAAUAACCCUCUGAACCUGGUGAAUGCUUUUUGACCAUUGUCCCAUUCUAACUUGGAACUAAUAUUUUGUAUCCGAUAGUGUGCAUACCUCAAUCCUAGAAGUUCUGUUACAGAGGAGGACUUAUACUCUGAUCUCUCUUAAAUCCUGGUGUGUAUCCCAGAGAGAGAAAAGUUGAUCCUACUGAUGAUUUCAAUGCCAGAGUGGGAAAAAUUGCAACUCUCUGCCAAGGCCUGGUGCAAAAGGUUGGUUUAGGGAAGGCCAACUCCAUUGAGAUUCUUCUGAUAAUAUGUUUGGAAGAUACAGUAUUCCUAUCAUAACCCAUCAUGUUUUGUGAGAGAUGCACAAAAUAAUGGCAGUAUUCCCAAGUAACGGUACUUGUAACUGCUAGAAUAUAUUGCUGUUAUGGUGAGGGGCUGCAGAAUUGUAUCAUGAUUACUGGUCUGAUCUUCUUUGUGCAUGCCCAGUUAUCUCCACUACCUUCACAACAUGCUGGAGGAACUCAGCAGGUCAGCCAGUAUCUGUGGAAACGUCGACUGAUCUUUUCCACGGAUGCUGCCUGACCUGCUGAGUUCCUCCAGCGUGUUGUGAGUGUUGCUUUGGCCCCAGCAUCUGCAGAUUAUUUUGUGUUUAUCUCCACUACCUUGGCUGCAAAGUAUGAGUAUCAACAAAAUCUGGUGAAAGAUCAAUGCUGAGGCUUAGAACCACAAAACUUGUUCUCAGAUGGUGCCCUCCAGCUAAGCUGUUGACUCAGAACCAGCUGCAUAGUUUAUGGGCUGCCUGGAAGUUCACCAUAACUGAUACUUGUGAAGAGAUUUUUGGCAUCUCUACUAAGCAGAACCAGGAGAAGUUUGACCAGAAUAUGGAGGAGCUAAUUAACUUCAAACAUAGGGUGCUCUGGUAUUGGAAAUGCCAUCAUUCCUUAGGGAAAAAACAAAACAAUUCUAGAACCUGAAGAUAGAGGUCCAGAAGAAGCCCUGUGAUUCAAAGACUUAAGGAAGCUGAGCAACAGACAGUCAUAACAUCAACAAGUUCUUUGGUACUGUCAAGGCCAAUACCAAACAGACCCAAGAACAGUGGUGAACUUAUCUAGGACAGAGAAAAUACCACCUGGAAGGAAAACUUAGAGGAUCUCAACUGAUUUUGUCCUUAAUGUGGGCACUCUUGACUUUUCCACAGUCCAGCCUGAUAAAAGCCACAUCCCAAAUUUUUAAAAGAAAUCAAGUCCUUGGGAAUGGAGCUUCAGUCACCUAUCUACAGUCUGGGGAAAGGAGGAUAUACUCUGAGAUGUCUGAUGCAAGGAGACAAGUGCUGCCUAACUUCCCUGCUGCCCACCACAGGGAAAGUCAUCACCAGGGUCUUAGUUGCCGCCCAGUGACUUUAAAAACUGUUCCCUGAAUUACAGUGUGGAUCCUCCUCGUCUAGACUGGAAUGAUCUUCAGUAUUUGAAGAUUAAGGCAGAUGCGGGGAGCAACAUUACCCACGAUAAUACCCUUUGGUGACCUCACUAAAGUUAAUGAUGAAGGAAUAUAGAACACUGUCCUCAAAUUUGAUUGCCUACAGAAAUUUUGAUGUUUGCUUAAAAUGGAAUGCCAGUGAUUAGGUUAAUAAAGGUGUCAAACAAUGCUUGUGUUUCCCCAGCACUUUAAUCAUUUGUGCUGCAACUAUCUUCCUACAGGAGUGGAACUAACUUCUGAAAUGAAAAGGAAACUAUUCAGUCUAUCGUCACUGCAUCCAAAGUCAAAGCCAAACCACAGUAGUCAAACUGCAGAAAGGCUAGAACUUGCGGCUGUGAAUUGGGAUGAUGUUUUUGCAGGGAAAUGUACUAUGGACAUGUGGUGGAUG